GCUGCAGCCACACCGAGGGGCACCGCUGCCCACCGGCCCCGGGAAAGCCCCACGCUGUGGCCGCGGCCGAGCACCCGGUUCGCGAGAUUUGCAUGCUGUGAUUAAGGCAGUGAAGCAAUCGCGCUGUUGCCUCAUCGGUGAGAAUCCCCGAGGCCCGUGCACUAUAAAUGCCACCCGAUCAAUGAGCACAGCCGGGCAGGAGCGAGAGGAGCCGGGCCGGGCUGGGCAGGGCCGCACUGCACAGAGGAGGAGACGCCGAGCCGGGCACCCACCAUGUGCUUCCUCACCCGUGGGCUGGCGCUGUUGCUGGCUGUGCUGCUGUGGGCACCGUGGCGGGAGCUGCAUGGGGCACCCCUGAGCGAGCUCUCAGGGGACCAGGACUUCCAGCUCUUCCUGCAGAGGAACCUCGAGUUCACCCGCAAGAUCCGCGGGGACGUGGCUGCGCUGCAGCGCGUGGUGUGUGACACCCUCCAGCUGUGCACGGAGGACGAGCUGCUGCUGGUGCGGCAGGACCUGGACAUCGCACAGGCGCCGCUGGAGCAGUGUCACAGGCGCACCUUCCAGGCAGAGACCUGCUUCAGCCAGAUCCGUGCCGGGCUCCGCAUCUACCACGGCUCUCUGGCCACCAUCCGAGCCCUGCUGCCCGGGCACGCUGGGCUGGUGGAGACCCUGCAGCUGGACAUGGCCAACCUGUCCUCCAACAUCCAGCAGCAGAUGGAGGACCUGGGCCUGGCCACGGUGACGUACCCCACAGAGAACCAGGACCCCGUCCCCACCUUCUCCUCCCACUUCCACCACCAAGUCGGCGGCUUCUUCAUCCUGGCCAACUUCCAGCGGUUCCUGGAGACGGCGUACCGGGCACUGCGGCACCUCACCAGCCUCUGACCCCUGUUUGUGGAUGUCCUACCUGAGGGACAUCCCGGGAGCGCCCCAUUUCCUGCUUAUUUAAUAUUUAUGGCUAUUUAAUAUUUAUCUGUCUGGGGAUGCUCCCCUGCCCGCGGCCCCAGGCAGGCGCCAGGGGAUCCCGCGGUGGAUCCGUGCACAGGUACCUGUGCAGCAUCACCCUUGUUUAAUAUUUAAACACAAGCGUAUCUCUGCUACGAGGUUCUGGAGCUGGGCUGAGCCCCCACAGCUGCUGCUGGCACGGCCCGUGCCUCAGUUUCCCCACAGCUUGCACUGCUGGGGCUCCUGCAGCAUCCCACGGGAAAACGCCUUCAUCCCAGGAUGAGGAUGCUCCAGAACAGCAUCUCCCUGUCUGGGCUGCAGCCUGCAGGGACACAUCUGAUGGGUGUUAUUUCUAGUAAUUAAUAUUUAUUAGCCAUUA